AUGAACAUCGACCCAACAACCGGGCAAGCGCUCCCCGCAAACGCCAUCCAACGAAUCCUCUACCUCGCGCCCAAAGUGCACAUCUACCAAAUCCCGCCCGCAACGUCGACAAAGGGCUACCAAGCGUCGACAUGGACCGCCGACAACAACAGACUGCAAAUCUUCACCGCGCGCCUGCGCGUCGUCGAGACAUCGAUACCCUCGGAGCGCGAGGAUGCAGAUGAAAAGGUCAGCACCACCCUACUCCUCGAAGACCCGAAGAACGGCGACCUCUUCGCCGCCGCGCCAUACACCAGCGAGCGCAUCGUCGAACAAGCGCUCGACAGCAGCCGCUUCUUCGCCAUCACCGUCGUCGGCGAGGGCCGCAAAGCCGUGCUGGGCAUGGGCUUCGAAGAGCGCUCCGAGGAUGCGCGGCGCGUGUUGGGCUUCGAGGCGAAUCCCGCGGUCGUCAAGCAGAAGAAGGAAGCCGAGGAGCCCAAGCGCGACUUCAGUCUCAAGGAGGGCGAGACGAUUUCGAUAAAUCUGGGAGGCUUGAAGGGCAGGAGAGCGAGGCCCGAGGCAGAUAAGAGCCCCGGCGAGCAGAAGAGUGAACAGGAUGCGUUGUUUAGUAUAAAGCCGCCGCCAGGGAGCGGGGGUGGGUUCUUGCCUCCGCCGCCGAGCGCGAAGAGCGUGAAGGAGGAGAGGAGGAGAAGUCGGCAGGGCUUUGAGCCGCCGAAACAGACGGCGGAGGAUUUGGGGUUUGACGAUGGAGAGUUUGGCGAGUUUCAGUGA